AUGUGGAAUUCGGCGGAGAAUUUAGCUGCGCGGUCGGCGUCGUUUAGGGAAGAAGGCGACGACGAGGAGGCGCUACGGUGGGCAGCGCUGGAGAGGCUGCCGACGUACAGCCGUGUACGACGGGGAAUUUUUAAGAACAUUGUGGGAGAUUCGAAGGAAAUUGAUGUCGAUAAAUUACAAAUGCAGGAGCAUAAAAUUAUACUGGAUCGGUUAUUUAAAUCCGUUGAAGAUGACUGGGAGGAGUUCUUCAGGCGUGUGCGACGUCGUUUUGAGAGAGUUGAUUUGGACUUUCCCAAGAUUGAAGUCAGAUUUCACCAUUUUACUAUUGAAUCUUCUGUUCACCUUGGUAGUAGAGCUUUGCCUACAAUUCCAAAUUUUGUAUUCAACAUGACUGAGGCUUUGUUCAGGCAGCUAAGGAUAUCCUCUAGUCGAAGAAAGCUGAAAAUUUUGGAUGAUAUUAGUGGGAUAAUUCGACCAGGAAGAUUAACUUUAUUAUUGGGUCCUCCAAGCUCUGGAAAAACAACACUGCUUCUUGCCCUUGCCGGACGUCUUAAAUCCAAUUUGCAGAUGUCAGGGGAAAUAACUUAUAAUGGACACGGUCUGAAUGAAUUUGUUCCCCAAAGGACAUCUGCUUAUGUCAGUCAACAAGAUUGGCAUGUAGCAGAGAUGACAGUAAGAGAAACUCUUGACUUUUCUGCACGAUGCCAAGGUGUUGGGUAUAAAUAUGAUAUGCUUCUGGAACUUGCAAGAAGAGAAAAGAUUGCUGGGAUUAAGCCUGAUGAAGAUCUUGAUAUAUUCGUGAAGGCGUUGGCUCUGGAGGGGAAGGAGAUGGGACUUGUUGUGGAGUACAUUUUAAAGAUUUUAGGGUUGGACCAUUGUGCGGACACACUGGUGGGAGAUGAAAUGCUUAAAGGAAUCUCUGGGGGCCAAAAGAAGCGUCUUUCGACAGGUGAAUUAUUAGUAGGUCCAUCAAGAGUGCUAUUCAUGGACGAAAUAUCAAAUGGUCUGGACAGUUCUACUACCUACCAAAUCAUUAAGUAUCUGAGGCAUUCAACCUGUGCACUGGGUGGAACCACAGUGAUUUCUUUGCUUCAACCAGCUCCUGAGACUUACGAGCUAUUUGAUGAUAUUAUUCUCUUGUCUGAGGGUCAGAUUGUAUACCAGGGCCCCCGUGGAACCGCUCCUGAAUUCUUUGCUUAUAUGGGAUUUUAUUGUCCAGAGCGAAAGAAUGUUGCGGAUUUCCUUCAAGAAGUUUUAUCGGAGAAGGACCAAAAGCAAUAUUGGGCCAUUCCUGAUUGCCCACACCAAUACAUACCAGUAGCGAAUUUUGUUGAAGCUUUUCGAUCUUACAGUACCGGGAAGAAUUUAUAUGAGGAGCUAGAUACCCCAUUUGAUAAGCGCUAUAAUCAUCCAGCAGCCUUGUCAACUUCUAAAUAUGGGGUCAAGAAAAUGGAACUUCUCAAAACCAGCUUUGACUGGCAGCUGCUACUUAUGAAAAGGAAUUCAUUUAUUUAUGUUUUUAAAUUUAUUCAGCUCCUUUUGGUUGCUCUGAUUACCAUGACUGUUUUUUUACGGACAACGAUGCACCACGACACGAUUGAUGAUGGAGGGCUUUAUCUUGGAGAUUUAUAUUUUUCAAUGGUGAUUAUUCUUUUCAAUGGCUUUACGGAGGUUUCCAUGUUGGUUGCUAAGCUUCCGGUUCUUUACAAGCACAGGGACUUACACUUCUACCCAUGUUGGGUUUAUACACUACCAUCUUGGGCCUUGAGUAUUCCAAUUUCACUGAUUGAGUCUGGUUUUUGGGUGGCAGUUACAUACUAUGUAGUUGGGUUUGAUCCAAAUAUUACAAGAUUUUUUCGACAGUUUUUCCUGUUUUUCUUUCUGCAUCAAAUGUCUCUAGCUCUUUUUCGCUUGAUGGGCUCCUUGGGCCGCAAUAUGAUUGUGGCAAAUACUUUUGGAUCCUUUGCCAUGUUGAUAGUGAUGGUUCUUGGAGGAUACAUUAUUUCAAGAGAUCGGAUCCCUGCAUGGUGGAUCUGGGGUUUUUGGAUUUCUCCACUGAUGUAUGCUCAAGAUGCUGCUUCUGUGAAUGAAUUUCUUGGUCAUUCUUGGGAUAAGAGAAGUGGAGACAACUCAAAUUUAUCAUUAGGCGAGGCACUGCUCAAGUCACGCAGUCUGUUUCCAGAGAGUUAUUGGUACUGGAUUGGUGUUGGCGCAUUAAUCGGAUAUAUAAUUCUGUUCAACAUCCUUUUUACCUUCUUCCUUUCCUACCUGAACCCUUUGGUGAACCAUCAGGCAAUUGUUUCUAAGGAAAAGCUUCAGAACAAAGACCAGAACCUGAAUGGACAACCAGCUAUUAUGCAGCUAAGAGACUUUUUACAGUAUUCAGGCUCAUUAGCAAGAAAAAGUUUUAAACAAAAAGGCAUGGUGCUUCCUUUUCAACAACUUGCUAUGUCAUUCAGCAAUAUAAAUUACUAUGUGGAUGUACCCCUGGAAUUGAAGCAGCAAGGAGUAUUAGAGGACAAACUGCAAUUAUUGAAUAAUAUUACUGGAGCAUUCAGACCUGGGGUGCUGACUGCAUUGGUUGGAGAAAGUGGUGCUGGAAAAACCACACUCAUGGACGUAUUAGCUGGCCGAAAAACUGGAGGCUUUAUAGAAGGCAGUAUCAAAAUAUCUGGUUUUCCGAAAAAUCAAGAGACUUUUGCUCGAAUAUCAGGUUACUGUGAGCAAAAUGAUAUUCAUUCUCCCUGCUUGACUGUAUUUGAAUCUCUUCUGUACUCUGCCUGGCUACGUUUGGCAUCUGAUAUUGAUUUGGAAACACAGAAGGCAUUUGUUGAGGAGGUAAUGGAACUUGUGGAGCUUGUUCCUUUGAGAGGAGCUUUGGUUGGUCUGCCAGGAGUCAAUGGACUUUCAACAGAGCAAAGAAAACGUCUCACCAUUGCUGUUGAACUGGUAGCCAAUCCCUCGAUAGUAUUUAUGGAUGAGCCCACAUCAGGGCUGGAUGCAAGAUCUGCAGCCAUUGUGAUGAGGACUGUGAGGAAUAUAGUAAAUACUGGACGAACAAUUGUUUGCACAAUCCAUCAGCCCAGCAUUGACAUCUUUGAAUCCUUUGAUGAGCUUUUACUUAUGAAACGGGGAGGGGAGCUCAUUUAUGCAGGUCCACUUGGUCCCAAGUCUAGCAACCUAAUUGAGUAUUUUGAGGGAGUUGAUGGUGUGCCAAGGAUCAGACCUGGACAUAAUCCUGCUACAUGGAUCCUAGAGGUCACAUCAUCUGUCGAAGAAGCCCGUCUUGCUGUUGAUUUUGCUGAAAUUUACAGAAGAUCACAACUUUUUCAGUGUAAUAAAGAGUUAGUAGAGAGGCUAAGCAAACCAAGUAGCGAUACAAAAGAUCUGCAUUUUCCCACCAAGUAUUCUCAGUCAUAUUUUGAUCAGUUUGUGGCUUGCCUUUGGAAGCAGAACCUAUCUUACUGGCGAAACCCACAAUACACUGCAGUUCGAUUCUUCUACACGUUAAUUAUAUCACUAAUGCUGGGAACAAUAUGCUGGCAAUUUGGUUCGAAAAGGGACACACAGCAGGACAUAUUUAAUGCUAUGGGAUCCAUGUAUGCAGCGGUACUAUUCAUUGGAGUAACCAAUGCCACUUCUGUUCAACCAGUUGUUUCUGUUGAAAGAUUUGUUUCAUACAGAGAAAGAGCAGCAGGAAUGUAUUCUGCAUUACCAUUUGCAUUUGCUCAGGUGGCUAUUGAGUUUCCUUAUGUAUUCAUGCAGUCGCUAGUUUACUGCACAAUAUUCUACUCAAUGGCCUCCUUCGAGUGGACUGCUUCGAAAUUUAUUUGGUACAUAUUCUUUAUGUACUUUAGUAUGUUGUAUUUCACCUUUUACGGGAUGAUGACAACUGCUGUGACUCCCAAUCAUAAUGUGGCUGCCAUUAUUGCUGCCCCUUUCUACAUGCUUUGGAAUCUCUUCAGCGGAUUUAUGAUACCUUACAAGAGAAUCCCUAUAUGGUGGAGAUGGUAUUAUUGGGCAAACCCUGUAGCCUGGAGUCUGUAUGGCCUUGUUGCUUCCCAAUAUUCUGACAGUGAUAAACUUCUGAAGCUCUCAGAUGGGAUUCAUACAGUGUCAACAGAACUUUUAGUGAAGAAUGUUUUCGGAUUUCGGCAUGAUUUCAUUGGAAUUGGGGCUAUUAUGGUGGUUGGAUUUUGCUUGUUAUUUGCAGUCAUCUUUGCUUAUGCAAUCAAAUCUUUCAACUUCCUGAAGAGAUGA